CCCAGACUGAGCCUGUUGGUUAGUUCCCACUUAUAGCACCCUGACAACAUGACUACGUUCACCAAUGUCGCACUUCUCGCUCUGUCCCUCCUUGUCCUUGGAGCUCAAGGAGGCCUGGUGAAGCGAGUAGUCGGCGGUCAGCAGUAUGACGACGGAGACUACCCGUACAGCGUGUCCCUGUGGUACAUGGGCGAGAACAACAUCUUCACCAACAACACACCGGGCAUGCACCACACCUGCGGGGGGUCGCUCAUUGACCCUGAGUGGGUGCUCACCUCGGCUCUGUGCUUCGAUGUCUGAGUCCUAUGGAGACAUCGCUUUGCUGAAGUUGUCAUCGGCUGCAUCGAUCGAUGACGACACUGUUUCUACUGUUGGCUACAAUUUCAAUUCUGACUGCCCCGAGGUCAACCAAAGCUGUACUGUGAUAGGCUGGGGACAGACCCAGGAGGAACCGUUCGGGUACGGCGCCGAGUUCCCCAGCGAAGUGGAUGUGGACGUCGUUUCGGAAGCGGACUGUGUAGACUUCUACUACAACCCCAACGUCACAGCGCUCAUGGGGCCCAUCAGGAUUGACAACGGCACUCUGUGUGCCGGUCUGCCGCAAGGGGGCGCUGAUGCUUGCUAUGGAGAUUCUGGGAGCCCGCUGCUGUGUGGAUGUGAUCUGGAGGACCAGGUGUACACGGUUGUGGCGGGAAUUGUCUCCACGGGCUUAGGCUGUGCCAGGGCGGGUACCCCAGCGAUCUACACACAGGUCAGCGAGUAGGCCUACUCCGACUGGAUUGACCACGUGCACAUGAAAGAAAUUAUGUCGAUUUUAUUUUUACUUGUCUGAAGAUCAAUAAAUAUGUACGCACAUGCA